AUGUAUUUUAGACUUCCAUUAUGGUGGGAAACAUGGACAUAUUGUUGUGGAAUGAUGACAGCUGAUCAAAUUACUUGGAAUAGACUAUUUGAAUUAUAUCAACAAAAUCACGAUAAAAAAUUUUUGCAAGUUUUGGCUUGUUCUCAAAAUCCUGAUGUUAUAAUCAAUUAUUUAAAUGUAAUAGCAUUGAAUACUUCGUUAUUGCACGAUUCAACACAUUUUGAUGUCUUUCAUACUAUUCUUGUUAAGCAAGCACACAACAAUUUAGUUCUUGACUAUGUAUUAGAAAAUUUGGAGACAGUGAAACCCAAAUUAAUUAGUAUGAAAUCAAUAUUGGGAAUUAUUAUUGGUCAAAUUUUUUCUGAAGAAUUAUUUGACAAGGUAAACACAUUCCUAGCAAAAAAUCUCGAUCAAUUGUCAGAUUCUGCAUUUACAAUACAUGCAAUGAUAGAAGAACGAAAAACUUCUCUCGAGGAUAUCGCAAAAAUAAUUAAAAAGUUGCUUGUAGUCAGAGAGUCGGAAAAAAUCAAACUGGAAUAAUCAAUUGAUCCAAUAAAAUCUGAUAUACAUUUACCUACGA